AUGCAUCAAUUUUACAACACUACAUGUCCUACGAAAAAACCAAUAAAGUCUAUAAUUGAAUUUAAAGAUGAUUCGGAAAGAUCUUAUAGUUUUAUUGAUAGUAUCAGUGAGACCACUACAGAAACAAAAAAUGCGAGUUUAUUAGAAAAGGACGUACUACAAAACCCAAAGGAAUCUGAGUUCAUUGCAGAUAACGAUACUCAAUUUGAUUUUAUGUCACAUUUGUUUGAUAUUACAAAAAAAUCUUUCAUAGAAACAGAGAGUACAACGAAAUGUAAGGAAGUGUUGGCUAUUGAUGAAUUUUUGGAACUACUUAAAAGUAGACUAAGCAAUGAUCAAAUAUUAAAGGAAUUAUUAUUGUCUACAACCAAAUCGCCUAUCACAGAAUCGAUCGCCUUUGAUAAGACAGUAGCUGCCCUUAUAGACCGACUUUAUACUAAAAAGAAAACAGCAAUGACAACUACGUCAACAGAAAGUAACAUAAUUAAUUCAACAUUUCUCGCUGAUUUGGUGGAGGCUGUAAUAUUUAGACAUAGUGAUAAAUAUUCCAGCACUGAAUAUAGUAAAAUUCAUACCGAUAUUAGGGUUGUUGUCGCUCCUGUAAAGAUACAAGCAGAAUUUGCUGACAUAAAACCGAAUAUGGAGUUUACGGGGCAUUACUUUUUCCCAGAGGAUGAAGAGCAAUCAGAACAAGAAACAACUGUAUUAUAUGAUGAUGCAGAAACAAUCCCCGGAUCUGAAAUUGUUUUAGAAAUUGAAGACAUAAAAAGAAGUAGAGUGACGAAGGAUUUCAUCGAUGCUAUUCUUGAAUCUGACCUUGAUGCAGAAGGCAUAACAGAACAUGCUUUACCAGCUUACAAUAAUAACAACGGUACGGGCGAAUUC